CCACCAUCGAUCUCCAUCGACCUCCAUGUAUGUAUAUAUAAACAAGGAUGAGAUGGGAUGGGAUGGGUGGAUGCAACAACAGAAACAGAAGCAGAAGUAGAAGUAGAGUCGUCGCUCUCAGCUGAAGCAGAAGCAGAAGGAGAAGGAGAGGAUGGGCAGCGUGGGCGUGGACGAUGCGGAGGUGGAGGCGUUCCUGCAGCGGUGCGAGCCCUCCGCUGACGCCGCCUACGCGGAGCUCAAGGCCCUGCUCGGCAGCCUCCACGACCCAGCCACCAGGCGCGACGCGCGCCUCUUCCUCACCGCGCUCCGCCGCCGGUCCGACGACCACUCCAGCUCCGGCUGUUGCUUCUUCCGGCGCUACGGCUUCCGCAUCCACGACCUGCUCCUGCAUGGGCAUGGCCUCCCCAUCACCUUCCUCUCCGGCGCCGCUGCUUCAUCCACUGCCGCAGGUUUCCAACAAAGAAAGAAGCUGACGAUGAUGGAUAUACCAAGCAUUUUCAUUCCUGAAGAUUGGUCCUUCACUUUCUACGAGGGCCUCAAUCGUCAUCCAGAUUCCAUUUUCAGGGAUAAGACAGUAGCAGAGCUGGGAUGUGGCAAUGGUUGGAUAUCCAUUGCUCUUGCAGAAAAGUGGUGCCCUUCGAAGGUCUAUGGUCUGGAUAUAAACCCCAGAGCUGUGAAGAUUGCAUGGAUAAACCUGUACUUGAAUGCACUAGAUGAUGAUGGUGUCCCAAUCUAUGACGGGGAGGGGAAAACAUUGCUCGACAGAGUUGAAUUCCAUGAAUCAGAUCUCCUUUCUUACUGUAGAAACAACAACAUAGAGCUUGAUCGCAUUGUUGGAUGCAUACCACAGAUUCUUAAUCCAAAUCCAGAGGCAAUGUCAAAGAUUAUAACUGAAAAUUCAAGUGAAGAAUUCUUGUACUCCUUGAGUAACUACUGUGCCCUUCAGGGUUUUGUCGAGGACCAGUUUGGCCUUGGGUUGAUUGCUCGGGCAGUUGAAGAAGGUAUAGCUGUCAUAAAGCCUUUGGGUAUUAUGGUAUUCAACAUGGGAGGUCGACCAGGACAAGGUGUCUGUGAACGUCUAUUUCAACGCCGAGGAUUUCGCAUCACAAAGCUCUGGCAAACAAAAAUUAUGCAGGCUGCUGACACAGAUAUUUCAGCUUUAGUUGAGAUUGAGAAAAAUAGCAGACAUCGUUUUGAGUUCUUCAUGGAUCUUGUUGGGGAUCAGCCUAUCUGCGCUCGCACAGCCUGGGCAUAUAUGCAAUCUGGUGGCCGCAUUUCACAUGCUUUGUCUGUGUAUAGCUGUCAACUUCGCCAGCCCAACCAGGUGAAGAAAAUAUUUGAAUUUCUUAAAGAUGGAUUCCAUGAAGUCAGCAGUUCUCUUGAUUUAUCCUUUGACGACGAUUCUGUUGCUGACGAAAAAAUUCCCUUCCUAGCAUACCUAGCUAGUUUUUUGAAAGAGAAUAAAUCUAAUCCUUGUGAGCCACCAGCUGGAUGUCUAAACUUUCGGAAGCUUGUUGCUGGAUUUAUGAAGAGCUAUCACCACAUUCCUCUAACUCCUGAUAAUGUUGUUGUGUUCCCUUCUCGUGCUGUGGCAAUAGAAAAUGCCCUUCGAUUGUUCUCACCAGCGCUUGCAAUUGUUGAUGAACACUUGACCAGACACUUGCCCAAGCAAUGGUUAACAUCUCUAGCAAUUGAGGGAAGAGCAGAUUGUAACCGUGCUGAAGACACAGUCACUGUAAUUGAGGCACCACGCCAAUCAGAUUUACUGAUUGAAUUGAUCAGGAAGCUGAAGCCUCAGGUUGUUGUUACCGGCAUGGCUCAGUUUGAGGCUAUCACUAGUGCUGCUUUUGAGAACUUACUGAGCGUAACAAAAGAAGUUGGUUCCCGGUUAUUCCUAGAUAUUUCAGAGCAUUUGGAGUUGUCUAGCCUGCCAAGCUCUAAUGGUGUGUUGAAAUAUCUUGCCGGAAAAAUCCUACCUUCCCAUGCAGCUAUACUGUGCGGUUUAGUAAAGAAUCAGGUUUAUUCUGAUCUUGAAGUUGCUUUUGCCAUAUCUGAAGAUGCAGCUGUAUAUAGAGCAUUGUCACAAACUAUUGAGCUAUUGGAGGGGCAUAUUUCUCUGAUCAGCCAGCACUAUUAUGGUUGCCUUUUCCAUGAGCUUCUGGCAUUUCAAAUUGCUGACCGGCAUCCACAGCAAGAGAGACAACUUGCAGAAGUGAUACCUCAGAAGAUGAUAGGAUUUUCUAAUUCAGCUAUGUCUACCCUAAAGGCCGCUGAAUUUUUCGUUCCUGAUUCAAAUGAAUCCAGUGUCAUUCAUAUGGAUUUAGAUCGUAGCUUCCUGCCAGUACCUUCUGCAGUGAACGCCUCUGUUUUUGAAAGUUUUGUCAGGCAAAACAUCUCUGACUCUGAAACCGAUGUCCGUUCCAGCAUUCAACAGCUGGUGAAAGAUAGCUAUGGUUUCCCGGCAGAUGGUUGCUCUGAAAUUAUCUAUGGCAACACCUCUCUUGCACUCUUCAACAAGCUUGUUCUUUGUUGCAUGCAAGAACAGGGCACCUUGCUUUUCCCGUUGGGCACCAAUGGCCAUUAUAUCUCUGCAGCAAAGUUUGUGAACGCAGGCACCUUGACUAUUCCAACACAUUUUGGGUCAGGUUUCAAGAUUGAACCAAAGGUUCUAGCUGACACUCUUAAGAAUGUAUCUCGGCCAUGGGUGUGCAUUUCUGGCCCCACAAUCAACCCUACUGGUUUUCUUUACAGUAACAAUGAUAUUCAAGAGCUCCUCUGUGUCUGCGCUGAAUAUGGAGCUAGGGUAGUGAUAGAUACCUCCUUCUCUGGUCUGGAGUACCAAACUGAUGGCUGGAGUCAGUGGAAUUUGGAAGGAUGUCUUUCUGCUAUGAAAUGUUCAAAGCCGUCAUUCUCUGUAGUCCUGCUGGGAGAGCUUUCCUUUGAGCUGACUGCAGCAGGCCAUGACUUUGGGUUUCUGAUUUUGAGCGACUCAUCUUUGGUUGACACAUUUUACAGUUUCCCAAGCUUGAGUCAGCCUCACAGCACAUUGAAGUACACUUUCAAAAAGCUACUGGGCCUUAAGAAUCAGAAGGAUCAGCAUUUCUCCAAUCUCAUGGCGGAGCAGAAGGAGGAACUGAUGAAUCGUGCCAACCACUUGAUAAAGACACUGCAGAGCUGUGGCUGGGACGUUGCCAGUGGUUGUGGCGGUAUCUCAAUGCUGGCGAAACCGAGUGCCUACAUUGGGAAGCCCUUCAAAGUUGACAGUUUUGAGGGCAAGCUGGAUGGCUGCAACAUUAGGGAAGCCAUUCUCAGAGCCACUGGCCUGUGCAUAAACAGCAGCUCCUGGACCGGGAUACGCGACUACUGCCGGUUCAGCUUUGCUCUGGAGAGCGGCGAAUUCGAGCGGGCAAUGGGAUGCAUAACUCGGUUCAAGGAGUUGGUUCUUGGAAGCAAUGCUCAAGCCCAGAUGAACGGUAACUGAUCCAUUGCUUCCAUCAUCACCGUGGAAAGAAACCAGAAUUCUCCCGAGGAGAUCCAUCCAUCCAUCCAUUGUUUGAAAACCUUAUAUUAGUGCUAUGAAAUAAGUGAUAUUGUUGAGGAAAAAUAUAUAAAGGAAUAACAGUAGCAAGAAAUGCCUGCUGUGGUUUACUGGUAGCGUGCACGUUCAUUGUUGAGGUUCCUCCUGGUAUGCUAUCUUGUCACUGCAUUCUCCUCUCUUUAAUGGAAGGCACCUUGUAAUA